AUUAAACGAAAUGUCAGUUUACAAGAGCUCUUAUUGCAAGAAUUUGUUCGAAGCUUUUGAAGGGGUUGAUGAAUGUCUCCUGAGAAUUUCUGAAAGCAUUUUUGCACAUAAAAGGUUCUUCUUCUAGCAGGUUGAAUCUGGUGACGGAUCAUUUUCAUUACUUUCCAUAUGUUUACUUAUCCAUUGAUAUGUGGAAACUCGUCAUGUGGUGGUGUUUCGCUUUCGCUGUGUACACCUUGAUUUGCCUAUCUGUACAAGCAGUUACGUUAUUGAAGUCAAGCCUUUUUAUCCUUAUUGAUUAUGUCGUAUUUGCAUCAACUUUUGUGAUAAUUGCAUUCCAUUAGUUUUUCAAGACUGUUGAGGAUCUGUCGAGCCUUGAAACUCUUGUGAUGAAUCACUUGUGUGCUUGCAGAAGUUGCUUUUAAAUCUGUUAUUUUUCAUAUGCUUCGGUUCCUAACUUCUAAUCUCUUGGGCAGAUACUUAUAAUUGUACAUAUGUUUGAUUAACAGAACUAAAUAAGAGCAUUGAAUAACUUUCCUUAAAAAACAGCAGGUAAAUAGUAAACCUUGUCUCAGUUUCAUCACCUAUUUAUUCUCAAUUCAGUAAAAUUUCCAUAAGUGAUGAGCUCAACUUUGCACUUUAUCUUGUCUGCAUAUACUUAUGUUUGCACCAUCCUUUUUUUUUUUACAUAUCUUGUCUUUCGCUACUUGCACAUGGUGAAUAGUUCUUAAGCAUGUCUACUGAUUAUGACUAGGGACAGUUAGUUAACACUCAUGUACUUUGCUUAAAAUAGCAUGUGUGACAUUGCAGUUCGCAUAGGACAACACGGUGCUUUGCAUUGUAAAAAGUUCAUAACUUAUUGAUUUAACCAAAUUCUGAAUUACAAUUACUUGCAGAAAUCAUUGGUGUACUAGCCACAGAUGCAUUGCUUACUGGAGCUAGUUGUAUUUUAUGCCACUUGGAUUUUUCGUGUGCCUUAAGGCCUGUGAAUGUGCUAAACUGCAUUAUUGGGAAACCACUGGGGUUGGAGAUCAAAUGUGGACCACAAUCUUCUACUAGAAAGUAAAAGACAUCCUUAAGAUCGUACGCGGACAUGUUUGGAUACUGUGAAUUUGCUCUUUGGGAAACAUACUAGCAACUUAAUAUUUAAGCCAUACUAGCAACUUAAUAUUUAAGACAUCCUGUAAGCAUUAAGCCCUGUUUCGACGAAGAUCUGAAUUAAAGAACUGAUACGGAAACUAGCACAAAGGAUGUGAGGAAAGGAAAUGUCUUUUUCCUCACAAAGGAUCUGAGGAAAGGAUGUUUAUUUGGUAAUUCUUUUCUAAAUAUUUCGCUAAAGCUAAGAUUCUUUUACUCAGUCUUGGGCACCAUUUUUUCUUGAGAGUGCUAUCCUUUGACCUUUGGUCUUGUUUUGCUGGUUUGCCCAUUGUAUCUUAUUCUGUCUGUUUUGAGAUGUGUGGUGAGGAAGUGCUCAUAUUAGGUAGUUGUGCCCUUUUGGUGAAACAGUCUUGAGUUGGUUUUAGUGUGGUAGGUUGCUUUCAGGGAAGGAGUGAAUCUUCUGUAUUGCCAUGACUUGUCUAGCUAUAAACAACCAUAGAACUCAAUGGGUUCUAGAACUUCUAGGUGUUUAUAUGCUGUUUCACUUGUGGCAAGUAGAUGAGUCACAUCCAUCAUACACUGUUUGACAGUAUUUUGCUCUGAAGUUGGAUCAACAGUUCAAAUCAUAAAUCAACAGUACUACUCCGUCCCCCCCCCUCCCCCCCCCCAAAAAAAAAACGAAUUCCUAGCUACAAACCUGGAUACACAUGUCUCCAGGUUCGUAGGUAGGAUUGGUCUUUUUUUGGGACGGAGGGUUUUUUUUUUAUUUAUUUCUUUUCAGCACCUGUAGAGAAUCUGGUUGCAUUCACUCUGCUGAUGAACUGGUGUUCAUCUUAUUAACCCAAAUUGCGAAUUCCCUGCAUAUAUUUUCAGGCAUGCUACAAGUACUUUGAGAUGCAGGUGCAGAUUGCUCCAGGCUUGGGUCUCGUCAGCAGCCGGUGCUCCCAACUGCUGAUCGAUGACGGCGACGGCAGGUUUGCAUUGGCCCAACUUGAUUUGCUGCUAUCACGAAAGGAUGCCCAUUUUCCCAGCUUCCGUUUCACUGCAUCAGCCUACCUGCAGCGAUGAGCAACUUCUCGGGGUCCGGAUACCGGUGUGCCGGCGACUGGCAAGGCAACAGGUAUAGCUCUUAUUUUUGCAGAUGGUGACAGGUUCAACUAGGAGGCAUUAUCGAGCUUGAAACUUUGGAAGUCAAGCGCAACACACACGUCUGCACACCUGGGCGAACUGGAGCACAGUGGCAAAUAUUUUCUGUUUCCUCGAGACAGAUAAGCUUUGAAUAGCACACAGCCAGUCAACCACCAACAAAACAAUUGCCGCAAUCGUUGGAGCUGGGUCACAAGAAUAAUAUAUAACGAAGUGGCAGUCUUGCAGAUAACACAGUUUAUUAUCCAAAUCCUGCGCUGAAGCUUUACUCUGCAACAAGUGACAAAGCUCCCAAGAACCUUCAGACUCGAUUAGUAUCAUCUUCAGACUUCACUAUUGGGGAUCUUAUCAGAGGUCCAUGUCCUUCUUAGUUGGGAAGUACUGCAACUGCAAUCAGGCAACUGCUGAGGAGAACCUACAGAGGCUACGGCAGCUGCUUAUGAGGAUCAGUACCAUCGUCGAGGAGGCUGAAGGGCGGCACGUCAGAAACCAAGGGAUGCUCCAGCAGCUCAAGAUCCUUAGAGAUGAGAUGUUGAAAGGCUGCUACAUUCUCGAUAACUUCAGAUACCGAGCUAUUCAAGACAAGGCCAAAGAUGACGAGGUGAGCCAUUCAUUUGCUUUGUCCAGAUUCAAUCCUGCUAAGCGUCUUCGUUUCCCAACUAGUAAACCUCAACAAACGGUAUUCAGUGGUGGGGAGGUAGAAGAUUUGCAGAAGAUGGUUCAUAGGCUAGAAAUCCUCAUAGCUGACAUGAAGGAGUUCAUUGAAUUUCUUGUGCAGUACCGUCCUAUGUAUCGCCAACCUUACAGCACGCAUUUGUUUUUGGACAAGUGUAUGUUCAAUCGACAUAUGGAACUUGAACAUGCCAUUGAGUUCUUGCUACAGAUGGAACCACCCGGUAGUUCAAAUCUUGGUGUCCUCCCAAUCAUCGGUCCAAGACAUAUCGGAAAGAGCACUCUUGUUGAACAUGUCUGCAUCGAUGAGAGAGUCAGAAAUCACUUCUCUCUGAUUCUCUUUUACAGUGGAAAUUCCAUGAAGGAUGAAACACCAACCACUCUGAGAGAGAAUUUUAUCGUUAAGCAUCGGGGUAAUGCUUUCCACAAAAGAUUGCUACUUGUCAUUGAACUCUCCAGGUAUGCUGAUGAGGAGAAAUGGAGAUUAUACUCUUCAGAACUGCGCAUGCCACAUGGUACUAAAAUCAUAAUCACAAGUCGAUCUGAGAACAUCACAAGUUUCGGGACCACGCGACCUCUUAGACUGAGACCAUUGACAUGUGAAGCAUUCUGGUAUUUCUUCAAGGUACGCAUCUUCGGAAGUAUAGAUCCGAAGAGCAUGUGAAGCUAGCA